UUUAGCAACAACGUGUUUGCCGGGCACAAAAUUCUGGAAGCGACUGUGAAGUGUCAUGUUGUCUCAAGAAGUCUUUUCUAAAAGUUUCAAAUAAGGAGCUGAAGUGAGCGGCGUUUCUGUUACCAAUACUGCGACAAGCUGCCAGAGUUUACCCAACCAGCACCUCGCAUCAUAGCUCACACAAGGUGGCAAAGACAAUUGUAGAGAUGACACGAAACAUGUUUUGGACACUCGGACUUCUUUAUUUUGUUUUAUCUACAAAGGUAGAUGUGGAGGCCAGUGACGGUGACGCCGUGUUCAUCCGGGAGUUCACCCUGACCAGUCGUGACGACCCUCCAGGCGAUCAUCUCCAUGAAAGCCCCAGCAACCACAAGCCAGAAGACCCCAGCUCCCGGACGGCGCGUUCAGAGGAGGACCGGGACACGCUGUGGGACGCCUGGGGCUCCUGGAGCGAGUGUUCCCGCACCUGUGGGGGAGGGGCCUCCUACUCCCUCCGCCGCUGCCUCAGCUCCAGGAACUGCGAAGGGCAGAAUAUCAAAUAUCGCACAUGCAGUAAUGUGGACUGUGCCCCUGACGCGGCAGACUUCCGCGCCCAGCAGUGCUCCGCCCAUGCCGACGUGCGUUACGACGGACAGUACCACGAGUGGCUGCCGGUGGACAACGACCCCGACAACCCGUGCGCCCUCAAGUGCCGGGCCAAGGCGUCGGGUCAGGUGGUGGAGCUGGCUCCCAAGGUGCUGGAUGGCACGCGCUGCUACACCGAGUCCCUGGACAUGUGCAUCAGCGGGGCCUGCCAGAUUGUGGGGUGCGACCACCAGCUGGGGAGCACAGUGAAGGAGGACAGCUGUGGCGUGUGCAACGGCGACAGCUCUUCCUGUAGGCUGGUGCGAGGACACUACAAGUCCCAGCAUUCUUCCGGAAAGACGGAGGACCAGGUCAUCGUGAUUCCUUAUGGGAGUCGACAUGUUCGUCUGGUCCUGAAAGGCCCGGAUCACUUGUAUGUGGAGAGUAAGACCUUACAGGGAGGGAAAGGUGAACUGGCUUUGGCAGCUUCUGGACAGUACCACCUGGAGAACACAACCCUGGACUUCCAGAAACUGUCUGACAAGCAGGUCCUGAGGAUCACAGGCCCCCUGGGAGCUGACUUCUCCAUGAAGGUUCGAUUCACCAGCGGAGUGGACAGUGUGGUCCAGUUCAUCUUCUACCAGCCCAUCGUUCAUCGCUGGAGGGAAACAGACUUCUUUCCUUGCUCAGUGACCUGUGGCGGAGGAUAUCAGCUGACUUCGGCUGAGUGCUUUGACCAGCGGAGUCAGCGUGUUGUGAUGGACCAGUACUGCCACUACUAUCCUGAGAAUGUUAAACCCAAGCCCAAGCUGCAGGAGUGCAACAUGGACCCCUGCCUGGCUAGCGAUGGCUACAAGCAAAUCCUGCCCUAUGACCUCUACCACCCUCUACCUCGCUGGGAGAACAGCCCCUGGACGGCCUGCUCCACGUCGUGCGGCGGGGGCAUCCAGAGCCGCUCCGUGUCCUGCGUGGAGGAGGACCUGCAGGGCAGCGUCACCGCCUCGGAGGAGUGGAAGUGUCUGUACGCCCCCAAGACCGCCAUCCUGCAGCCAUGCAACGCCUUCGACUGCCCCACCUGGUCGGCUCAGGACUGGUCGCCUUGCACCACGACCUGUGGACAGGGCCUGCGCUACAGGGUCGUCCUCUGCAUCGACCACAGAGGUCUCCAUGCCGGAGGCUGCAACCCCACCACCAAGCCCCACAUCAAGGAGGAGUGUCUCAUCACAGUCCCCUGCUUCAAACCCAUAGAGACCCUCCCGGUGGAGGCCAAGCAACAGUGGGCCAAGCAGGCCAUCGAGCUGGAGGAGGAGAUCGUUGUUUCUGAAGACCCCACGUUCAUCCCCAGCCCGUGGCUGCCUUGCAGUAGAACGUGUGGCACAGGAACUCAGAGGAGGACAGUGAGGUGUCAGGUCCUGCUGUCCUUCUCCCAGACCGUAGCUGACCUGCCCGACCACGAGUGUCAGGGGCCCAAGCCGGCAGAGAGCCAGCCCUGCUACCACACACCCUGCCCUGGGGUGGAGGAGGAGGAGGAGGAGGAGGAGGGAGACUGGCCCCCUCAGAAAGAGGAGCUUCAUGACUGGGAGAUGGAGGGUUUCUCAGAAUGCUCCAGAAGCUGUGGGACAGGGCUACGGGAGGCGGUGUGGAUCUGCCUGAACAAGCAGACGAGGGAGGCUGCAGAUGAGAGCCAAUGUGUGAGCUCCGACAGGCCUCCCCGGCUAUUGCAGAGCUGCAGCACCCAGCACUGCCCCCCCAGGUGGGAGGCGGGGCAGUGGACCUCCUGUUCGGCCACCUGUGGAGUGGGUCUGAUGACGCGCUCGGUGGUGUGCGUGCGGCGCCCAUCCCCAGACAGCAACCAGACGGAGAGGGUCAGGGACGAGGAGUGUCGAGCCCCCAAACCCAACCCCCUCCAGGCCUGCAACCGCUUCGACUGCCCCCCCAUGUGGGACCUGCAGGACUGGGGACAGUGUUCCCGUAGCUGUGGGGGAGGGGCCCAGACCAGAGAGGUGCUGUGUAAGCAGAGACUGUCUGACGGGAGCGUUCUGGAAUUACCAGACACGUUCUGCCCCAAGACAAGUCCUCCCUCCCAGCAGCCCUGUGGCCUGCUGCAGUGUCCUGCUCAGUGGGUCACCACCAGCUGGUCGCAGUGCUCGGUGACCUGUGGAGAGGGGCUCCAGAGGCGCCACGCGGCCUGCAGGAGGCCAGGGGAGGGCGACCAGUACCAGGCCGAGGCCCCCCAGGCCUGCGCCCCCACCCCCCAGCCCUCCACCGCGCGUCCCUGCUCCCCUGGGCCCUGCCAAAAGCCCAGCAGGUCUGACAAGACGGAGCCCGGCGUCCAGGCCCAGAGGAAGGUCUACAUCCAGCUGAGGAGAGACAAGAAGCUGCAUGCUGUGGCGGGCGGCUACGCCUACCUGCUCCCCUGGACCUCCGUGCAGCUCCGCUGCCCAGCCCGCCUCCGCGGCGGCCACACCCACUGGCUGAAGGACGGCAAGCCGCUCGCCGUCCUCCCCCACCUGGGCGACGUCCACAUCCAGCACCUCCGGGCCUCGGACGCUGGAGUCUACACCUGUGUAGCAGGCCAAGCCCAGGAGAACUUGGUGCUGAAGGUCAUCAGCAGCAAGCAGAAGGUGAACCAGCUGGCUGGGAACUCGGCGGGUGAUAGGACCCAGGAGGUGUUCCGGUACGACACCAUCGUUCAGCUCUUGCUCAACCAGAGAGGGGCCUCCCAGGAUUCAGCGGGUUUCACCGAGGACAAAAACAGGUCGACGCAGGACCGCAAGGACGCCGCAUCGGAGACGUACAGUCCCUCUAUGCUGGUGGUCGAGACGCAGAGGCUGGAUGAUUUCACCCACAACCUCUCCAAAGGCCUGGAGGGACGUGAGGGGGAGCAGGCCAUCGCCCGGCUCCUCGCUGAGCUCUCCGGGAGCCAGGACGAGAGCAACGAAUCCAUCCUGCAGCCAUCACAACGACCAGAGUUCUCCGUGCUCCCAGGCGCUCGGAAGCACACCUUCAAGGACUCACCCCAUUCUAGCAGAGCCAGAGGCCCAGUCCCGGCCCAGAGGCCUAGGAAGGUCGCCGGUUCGACGCCGUCUGCGGUGGUGGUCCGUGUGGGGACCCCGGUCGUACUGCACAGACAGGUGAGCAGUGUGGAGCUGAAGUGUGAGGUGUCGGGAGGACACGAGCCCACCGUCACCUGGACCAAAGACGGGAAGGAGAUACUUUACAGCGGCAGAGUGGCCCUGCAGGCAGAUGGCUCCCUGAAGAUCCUGUCUCCAGGCCAGGCGGACACAGGACUGUACACCUGCUCCAUCCCCGGACACCUGGGCUCCUCCUCUCUGGCCUCCUGGCUGCACGUCGCAGGUGAGAGAGGAGGUAACUGUUCUAACAACAUAGAGAACAGUUCACUCUGUCCAGACAGAGGAAACAACAGCCGGUCACACUGCCAUGGACAAGCCUGCCCCCUCAGGUGGCUUGCGUCCCCCUGGUCCCUGUGCUCGGCCAGCUGUGGCGGGGGGGUGCAGAGCCGCAGGGUGAGCUGUCUGAGCGGGCCGGAGCGGGGGGCCAGCAGGGUGGCGGCCCAGCGCUGUGUGGAGGGGGCAGGGAGGAGACCCGGCGACAGGCGACCCUGCAACACUCUGCCCUGUGUGAGGUGGGCUGCCUCUGGCUGGGGGCCGUGUCAGGGUCAUUGUGUUGGUCUUCGUUUGGCCACCCAGCACCGUCACAUCUCCUGUCAAGACCUGAAUGCCACCAAAGUCUCCCACAGAAUGUGCAGUGACCUCCACAGGCCCAGCUCCUGCAGGAACUGCUCCUCGGAGGCGUGUGCCCUGCAGUGGCGCGUCGGACCCUGGACACAGUGCACGGCCUCCUGUGGUCGCCAUGGCUUCCAGUCCCGACAUGUGACCUGCGCUCACCUGAGCAGCGGUAAAGCAGCCCAGGAACACCACUGCACCUGGAGGCCACGCCCCUCCAGCUGGCAACGAUGCAAUAUCCUGUCCUGUGGAAAAGGAAACCGUGCGUUGAAACCCUGUUCCUCUCGGUUCCUCAGCGGGCGAGUGUCUGGACAGCAGCAGGUACUGUGAGAAGGUACGACAGCUGGACCUCUGCUUGCUGCCACAGUUUAAGACGCGCUGUUGUCAGUCCUGCCAAGACACAUGAAGGGGGGGGGGCAGGUUGGAGAGAAGAGACUGGUGCAUGACCUCAGCGCCCACACCUCCCCGUCAGGAUGCGUCAGGAUGGGGGGGGCAGGAGUUUAGAGCGUUUGAGGGUGUGGAGGCUUCGGGUGGGAACAGCUGACAUCCAACCUCCUCCAUCCAUCAAAGGAAAGUGAGGGAGUGUACUAAAGGAUUUGUGUGACUAUUAAUUUAAACCUGACGAAAGCUUUGGUUUUGUUAUGUUUUAUCAUUCGUAAACCUGCAGAACAUGACAAAUUUCCAGACGACAAAAAUAGAUGAAGCGUACAGUUCCAUUGGGGAUACCAGAGUUGAACAACUCUGUAGAACAUUAGUGGGCUUUUUCUAAGCACUGGAUAUUGUAAGUUUGUCUUUUACAACAAUACUCUCCUUGAAAGUUCCAUUUAAAAUUCCUGUAUUUUUUAUUGUUUUCAGAAUCCUAGAAAUAUAAAUUUUUAAUAGAUGUAUAUUUGCACAUAGUGUUGUGAAAUACAGAGUAUGAUGGCUGGAUAAAAUUGCGAAAUGCUCCAAUGUAAAUGAAAGGCAAUUAUAAGAAAGGGUUCGUACUGAUAGAACUGACUGGACUAAAGGCUCAUGUUAGUUAGCAGAAGAAUCACAAGGUCUAAAUAAAGCAGAGGAAGGGUUCUAGUGGAAAGCUCAUGCUAAUGGCUUUGUAGUUUCCUACAAACCCUCAUUCUUGCUGCUUAGAUUGCACUAUUGUGGUUGGAUUUGUGUAGUGGUCGACUCAUAUUGACAAGGUCUAUGUGAACCUGUACAGCUAACAAAAAUAAAGGCAUGUUACCUGUUUUGCACUCAAUUCUUUGUUAAGAACAUGGCUUGGAGUUUGAAUUUAGUUUAUUUUUUAUUAAACCACUUUUUUUUAUGUUGUCAAGGAAUACAGUUUUAGCUGUGUGGAGGUAGGGCUUUUUUUUACCAAACAAUCUUGAUCAAGCAUAUCUUCAGUAAUUAGAUACAGGAUUCUAUUUUGAACCUGGUUUUGAUGUGCACUAAAUACUUGUUUGUUGGCAGGAAAGGCUGCUGUCCAGUCAGAAAGGGUGUCAUAUUUAUAUUAUAAAAGUGUUAGGCCAGGUAAAUGCUUUAAAAGCUGAAAACAAAGUAAUUCUGGGGAGACCAGGCAAGAUAUAUUCAUGUUCCCACUGCUAUAAACAUAAGCAGCUGUGAGGCCAGGAGUUAUUUUUUUUUAGUUUAGUCUAGUGAUGUAAUGAUGUUUACUAAGUGUAUAAUUGGGUUAGUGUUUGUGAUCUGUAUUGUUUAUCAACUAUUUAUUGUCAUAGUUUCCUCUGCAAAUGUAAUUGUUUUGUAAAGAAUUAAAUAAUGUAUUUGUAGUGUUUUUUUCUA